GCAAGGGGGGGGUGUCUUACCUUUGGGCUUCUUGUCCAAACGGGUUCCCGUAGACUCGUGCAAAACAAACGCGACGCCACGGACGAUCAAGCGCAGAUUUGGAUUAGCGUUUGCUGUUACGACCUCAAAAAAAUAAGACGACGAAUUGUUUAGAGAUAAUAUUCCUUUGUUUGACCUCAACAGUGUGGUGAAUAAAAUUAACCUCUUACAUUUGGUCGUGAAUGACAGACAUCUCGCUCGUGCGGGAUUAUCGUCAAACUAGCUAACGGCUAGUAGUUGUUUGCUCACCGUAGCAGCUUAUUUUCCCAUAAUCAUUAUACACGUCGUGCAAAGCGUGAAUAGUUGAUGAUGGACGGCUUCGAAACACCUUACGAAGAAAACACUGACCUCGAGUUUAUUAAUUGCGAGAUUUGCAACAAAUCCAUCAGGGGGGAAACUUUGUACAAAUUACACGUGACUUCAGCAGUGCAUUUAAAGAAUGAGGAGGCCUUGGUUGCUGAGGGAAAGAUCACCAGACAACAAAUUGUGCCAGUCUUUGAGGACAUCAUCGAAUAUCUGGAAUACUUGAAAAUUGAUGAACCCAUUAUUGGCUUGGACUAUUUAGUUGAAGUACCUGGUGAAAAUUCUGGCAUCAGAUACACCUGUACACUCUGCAGAGUCUAUGCAUAUAUCACAGAAAUUGUUCCGCAUGUGAUUGGACGUAGACACAGACAAAAAUACCUGGAAAAAAAUCGUCCUGACUUAGUCAACUGGGACCCUCAGAAACCCCAAGCCAUAGCAGGGAAAUUGAUACGAGCCAAAGCAGAGAUUGCAGAAAGACAAGAAGGAACAGGAAAACCAAAGCCAUUACCUAACAAGACAAGACGUGCUUUUCCAAGAUUUUCUGUUCAAGGUGGACCACAUAAUGGGCAAGGUUCAAGUUAUACACAGGACGUGGGAGCAACCACAUCCAAAUUCGGGAACUAUCCUGAAGAUCCAGGGAGGCAGUGGUCUGACAAAUCUGACUUUGGACAAGAUGGAUAUGAAGAUACUUCAGCACCACUCCAUGACAGUGAACUGUUUUACCCACCACAUGGGGAUAGUUUAGACUAUUCUGCAGAUUACAUCAGAGAUUAUGAGCACGAGAGUAGAGAAGGCCUCUCUAAUGUACUCAGGCUUCAAGAUCAAGAUAGGAGGCACUACAGCCACAGUCAAAGAGAAGAACUUUAUUCUGAUGAUUUUCAAAAGCCACAUGUUCAAAAAGAUGUUCUGAAGGAGUUUUAUACUGAGGAACUCAGACGUGAAAAACAGGCCAAGUCUAAGCACUGGUCUCAUGACAUUGAUUCCCAUCAACCUGAGCAUAUGAGGAGAUCAGGAAGAGCAACUGGACCAGCAGCCAGUCAGAACAGCUUUUCCACAUCUUCAGAUGGCAAAAGCCCACAUGAAAUCUACAAAAUAAUGAAAGAUUAUAGGCAUAGUGCUGUUACUUUGGAGCGUCCAGAAGAAGCAUUAUCAAAUCCUGGGCCAAGCAGACCAAGCCCAGCAAGGUCUGGAGACUUGAGCAGGAAAAUGUCUGACAUUCCCGAUCCAUUUAUUCGCUUUCUCAAGGGUGGGUCCAGAGGUGAAGAGCCGGUCAGAAAAAGAAAGAGUCGCUUCUCUGAUGCUACAGAAGAGGAGCUUGAAGCUGCUCAAAAGACGUUUUCUGAUGAGUAUGGACCACCAGAUCCCAAGUCACUGAGGCAUGAAAUCCGAGAUCUAAAACCACAAAAGACAGAUCCCCAUAAAGGCCAUAAACCAACUGAAACCUACCAAAGGGAGCAGCUGGCGGAACAUUCUGAAAGCACAGGGGAUGUCUUUGAGAUGCUGAAAAACAUUGAAAUUGAAAAUGAGGAUGAGGCCAACUUCCUGAAGGAUCGACUCUGCAGUGUGUUGAGAGAAUUUAAGGCCAGAAAGGCUGAGAAAGCUUUGCUAACUGGCCAAAGUAGAGCUGUCAUUGUUAAAGAGUACAACAACAUGAGGCCAGUUCCACAGCAAGAAGACCAGUAUGGGAGACCGACCAGAGAAAAUCUGGAUGUCAGAAGGGCAGACGAUUUUUAUUACGCCAGACCAGUACAACAUGAAGCAAUGAGUGAAGAUUUCCAGGGGUACCAACAUCCUGUGCUUUCUGAGACACAAUAUUCCAACAGAAACUCGCAUCAAGAGACACACAGGUGGCCUAACAAUCCACUGCGUGCCCCUGGUUUUGACAAGCCAGCACCUUUUCCUAGAAACUACCAAGACCCUUCAAGGCCUGGAGACUUUCAGUCAGCUGAUGAUUUCUCAGACUAUCACUCACCCACAUCCCAUCACCCUAUGGAGCAGGGGCCAAAGAUGAGUAGGCCCGCGCAUUACUCAAGGAACUUGGAUAAAAUCACCUCUACUCUCCUUGAACUUGUUGCAAGAAAAUAAUAUGUAGGUGUAAGAUGUUCAGCUAUGUUCCAAUAUCAGUUAUAACUUUGCUUUAACAAUAUUUUACUUUUUCUGUUAUCAAUAGGGUAGCAAUUUUUACAGUGGUCCACAAGUAAAAUGUUUUGAAGAAAAAAAAAUGUGUAUAUAUACAUGUAUACUUUACAUUAACGCGUUUUUUGAAGUAAUAAAGUUCUGUAGCUCAUGCGAUUUUAACCUUAUACACAUUGUGAUUUUCAUUAAGUGACAUAAUUUGUCUUUUUGCCCAUGUGAAAACGUCCCUCUGCGUUAAUUUUUAUUGUAUGUUCAUACGGACUGUGGUAUGUGUAAUUUUCUCCCUACCCCGGUCGUUCCAAGUUCUGUUUAGUGUUGCGUUAUAUGG